UUCCCUCGAUUAUCCAUAUGACAUUAUCAGGAUCAAAACAAUAGAGCUCACAGCGAAAGCCACACAGACGAAGAAGAGCAUCGAAAAUGGCAGCCAUGGCUGCACUUCAGAGCUCUAUGACCUCUCUUUCCCUCUCCUCCAACUCCUUCUUGGGUCAGCGCCUCUCACCGCCCACUCUCUACGCUGUGCCGGCCAAGCCAACAGAGAAGCCAUGUCUCAUUGUAGCGAAGCUCAAGCGAUGGAAGCGGAAGGAAUGUAAGCCAAACAGCCUUCCAGUUCUACUCAAAAUGCAUGUUAAGGUGGGAGAUACAGUGAAAUUAAUAUCUGGACGUGAUAAGGGAAAAAUUGGCGAGAUUACAAAGGUCUUUAAGCAUAACAGCUCUGUGAUAGUGAAAGACAUAAACUUGAAGACAAAGCAUGUGAAGAGCAGAGGAGAGGAUGAACCAGGCCAGAUUCUUAAGAUUGAAGCGCCUGUCCACAGCUCGAAUGUGAUGCUCUACUCAAAAGAACAGAAUGUAGCAAGUCGGGUGGGUCAUAAAAUCCUUGAAGAUGGUAAUCGAGUCCGUUACCUGAUAAAAACUGGGGAAAUAAUCGAUACUGCAGAGAACUGGAAGAGACUAAAGGAAGAGAAAACGAAGACUGAAGUAGCUGCUGCUUCUUAGAAGUCAAAUUCAUUACUUCACCACUGAUGUAGUUUCUGAGUCUCUAGAUGUAUUCCUGACCUGCUUUUAUCUUCAUUUGUCCAAAUAUUUUGUUACUGCCUCUUUGUGGAUCCACAUGCACAAGAGUGAUAUAGUUCUCUCCAUGCUGUAUUGGUUCGACCAUCUAGGGCGAAUUGGAAUAUGGAACCCUAGCCUAAACAUUUAGGUUGAAUUGCCUUGUAGUUCAUGUAGUUAAUAGACAGGCUUGUGCAUGUUCUCUCA